UCUCUCUCUCUCUCUCUCUCUCUCUCUCUCUUUCAACAUGACGCGCACACAGAUACGUACAUAUACAACUUUUCUUUCUGUUAAUUCGUGUUUGAAUCAAUAUUACUCUCCGUCUUAGACGAUUAAUGUCACACUAGAUAAUUUUUAAUAUAUUAAAAUGCGAUAAAUGUAAGCAGCAUCACGCGAGUUAAAAGUAUCUCUUUUACACGUUGCUCAUGUAUGAGAUGACGUUUUUCUAUGCGCUUAUCAUUUUAGUUUACCGCCCGCGCUUUGACGAUAAAUCAUUUCCAAUUGUGGACACCUUUGAGAUGUUUACGCGUCCUUCAGGUAUAGAGUUGUCCUUUAAUAUUAUGUUGGAGGAUGCUAUACUGGAAAAGAAGGUAUAGCGACUCGAAGGUGUACCGACGAUGGCUCGAGACACAUUAAUGCACAUAUCGAUACGUAAAAUUCAUUAUACCUGCACAAACUAAACUUGAGAUACAAACGAAGAGGGUUAGCGGUGCUGUUAUUUUGCCAUUGCGGGAAAUGAGGCAUAUCAAUAUAAUUUGAGUAAUUUCCGGAAGUGUUGCUUCUCUUCGUCUAUCGGAGGGCCAACACGAUAUUACCGUUACACCACGUUGUAGAGUUAACUACCGACGCUUUACUCACUUUCCCCGACUUCAAGGAAACGUUAUUAUCGCAUUCACUGUCGCUUUACACCGCAGUCAUUCUACGGUAUCGGUGCGUUCGAGGAAAUACGAUGAAUAAUGCAGAUUUAAGAGAAGCGUUAAGGUCAGAUGGACGAUUCGGGCGCAAACGCGUGUCGACCGUCGAGCGGAAAUGGACCCGCUCUGGAAUCGAUACUACAAACUGAAUCGAAUAUUUCUAUCGCCGGUUGGCCUGUGGCCGCACGGGAAUCGUAAGCUGAAGCCAAUUCAGGCGGUUGUCUCCGUCGUCAUCCUGGUGUCCUCCGUGGUUACGCAGCUGUUGAAGCUUUUCACCACGGAAUACGAUUUUGACUUCGUCCUUACUGACCUCUCGUACUCCAUACCGUCCAUGGUUUAUGUCGUCAAAUAUAAAACCUUUUACUCACAAGCCAACCGAUUAAUCAGAAUGAUGGAACUAAUUCAAGAAGACUGGAACUCGUUAACGAGCGAGGAGGAAAUUCACAUUAUUCAAAAGAACACGAAUACGGGGAGGCGAUAUAUCAUCGUGUUCACGUUGAUAAUGUGCACAGCGAUGGCCAGUUUCAUUUCAUAUUCUCUGCUGCCCAAUAUUCUCGACUUUGUAGCACCGCUAAACGAGUCCCGUCCGCGAAAGUUUCCAUUUCUAGCGGAAUACUUCGUGGACCAGCAGAAAUACUGCAACACCAUUUUAACGCAUAUGAUUGUGGCGCUUUUCAUAGACUUGUUCGUAUUUGUGGGAACAGAGACUAUAAGCUUGGUCUAUGUGUAUCAUAUAUUCGGCAUGUUUGAAGUUGCUAGUUAUCGGAUGAAACACGUGUUGGAUGAAAGCAUCGCGUUGACUUCCACUAUGGAAUGGAAUAUCUGCGUGCGCACGAGAAUAAUCGCUGCCGUUGAAGUUCAUCAAAGAGCCAUUCAGUUCUUCGAUUACCUCAAUGUGACGCUUAGUCUGUCCAAUUUCAUCAUACUUUGCAUGGGUAUAGCGUCUAUCACCAUUAAUUUAUUUCGCACUGCGAUGUUGACAACGAACAAGGAGGAUACUGUUCUUUUAAUAAUAUUUGUCUCCGGUCAGUUCUAUUACAUGUUCUUAGGCAACUACAUAGGCCAGAAAGCAACAGAUCACAGCAUAUACAUUCUCAAAGAAAUGCAAGUAUCUUAAAAAUGUAUAUAU